CCGAUCGGUGAACAAGUUUUCCUUUUCACAGAGCGGAAGAUAGCGCGGAUUUUCCAUCUUACUACGGUUACUGAAGUCGGUGGUUUAAUACACAAGAAGAUUGAAUUUUCCUACCGAGUUAUGUUGCCUAUGCUAAUUGGAUAAAUUAAAACAUAAUUCAAGCGUGGUUGAGUGAUUAACAUUGAGUGAAGCAGUAGUGCAUUUGUGUCUUUCUGGCUAAGUGAGUGAAGUUUUGUUAAACCAAAAUGUCAAGGCGCAAACAAGCUAAGCCACGAGCUUUCAAGCAUGAUGAGGACGAUGACGGAACGGCACCAAAUCGUGAAGUUGGACAUAUGCUUGUCAGCGAUAACAGUGAAAAGGAAAAUGAUAUGCCAGACAAUGACACCGAAGAAGAAGAUGACGAAGAAGGAGAAGUGGAAGCGGAAGCGGACGAUGAUGCCGAAAACGGGGUGGAAAAUACAGAAGAAAUCGACAGGGACGCACUGUUUGAAACUAACUCUGUACGAUCCAAUGAUUUCCACCAUGACGACGCUACUUCAGACAGUUUUUGCUCCGAACUGUACUCGUCCUACACGUCGUCUAGCUUUUCACCCUCGCUGUCGGAUGGAAUGACAACGCCAAACUCCAUCGCAAACGAAGGCGACCUCGGAGUACUCGGAGGACCAGCGCUCGGGAACGGGGCAGAUUCCUUCGGUCCUGGCUCUGGCGAUUCUACGACGACGCUGAGGACCGGUGAAUCUGGUGGUCGAUCCAGCGAACGGCGCAACCGGACCGACAAUAAUAAUAAAAUAAUUAAAAACAACAAUCACACUAAUAGCCACAGCAAGAAUAAUGAUGGCACUUAUCGGUGUCAGUUUUGUGACAAAACGUUUCCCCGCCUCGGCUAUCUGAAGAAGCACGAACAGAGCCAUACAGAACAUAUGCCAUUCAAGUGUGAAUAUUGUGCCCGAUUGUUCAAACACAAAAGGUCAAGGGAUCGCCAUACCAAAUUGCAUACGGGAGACCGACGGUAUCGGUGCCCUCACUGUGAAGCCGCAUUCUCCAGAAGUGAUCAUCUUAAAAUCCACAUGAAAACGCAUGAUAAUCAGAAGCCAUUCCAAUGUACCAUCUGUAAUCGGGGCUACAAUACGGCCGCAGCCCUAACCAGUCACAUGCAGAACCACAAGAAGCAAAUCGCACUCACCGGAAGUCCCAAUCUUACGUACAGCCCCAGAUCUACGAGUUCGCUCUCGAGUAGCGCCUCGAACCCGAAGCGGAAAUUUUCGCCCUACGAGCAGAACCUAAUGAUGAUCAACAGUACCAAGUUGCUCAAGUCGGGCGAUCUCGCCUGCAUCUACUGUACGAGAACAGAUUUCGCCACCAUCGAGCAGCUGGGAGUGCACGUCCAGGCCAUGCACAGUAAUUUAUUGCUCAAUGAGAACAAUUUCCAUCGCCAUACGCCACCGGAUCCCAUGCUAACGUAUCCGCCGAUUCCCUGCGAGUUUUGCACGAUGAAGUUCCCGACGGUUCCAAUGAUGUAUAGCCACCUCAAAACGACCCAUUUGGAUAAAAUCAGCAGUCCCAACAGCUAUUUGGAGCAAUUUAAUAAAAAUCUUAUGAAUACCUACAGCGCAUUUUACAGCUCGACAAUGCUGGAGGACAACAAACGACAAACGACGCCGUCGGAUGAUGUAGAUGGCAUCAAAAGUGAACGGCCAACUAACGCCGAGAAAGCUUCGCGAGAUGAGAACGGGAACGAGGAAAGCGCACCACAAGCCACAUUGGUGAACGAGAAAGACAUCAAGCAGGAGAAAAAGGAUGAAAACGAUAACUCACGGGACGCCGCCGAGGAGCAGAUUGCCCCAACUGACCUGAGCCAACCUCGCAUGAAACGAAUGAAAAUGGAACACGAUAGUAGCUCACCUUCCACCAGCAGCAGCAAUCGUCUAGGAAUCGAAAAGGAAAGCUCACCCAUCAACAACAGCAUGAGUUCUGGGGGAGGAGGUGGCGUGGUAGGACCCCCAACAACGAGUGGAAGUGGUGGGGGUGGAGGAUCUUCUUCUGUUGGCGCAACUCCACCGGGCGCUUAUCUUUGCAAUCAGUGCAAUGCUGCGCUGCCCGAUUUUGAAUCGUUCCGAACCCAUCUGAAGGCCCAUCUCGAGCAGGGCUCAACGGCUUCCUCGUUCAUGUGUCAGCAGUGCGGCGUGGCCCUGGCGGAUCAGCAGGAAUACGAAAAGCACGUGACCGGUCACUAUCUGGUGACCGGAUCGGAAUACCUAUGCGAUUCGACGUGCAGCAAGAGCUUCGGCAAGGCGGAGGAAUUGCACAAACACUUGUACGACGCGCACACUCAAGUGCUCUACAAGUGCCAGCUCUGCAGCGAUACCUUCGAUAGCAAAGUCACCAUCCAGGUGCACUUCGCCGUGGCGCAUUCCAACGAGGUUAAGCUGUUUCGGUGCUCGGCCUGUGCGGAGAUUUUGCGAACGGAGCGGGAGUUCAGGCAUCACAUUAGAACCCGUCACAUCACAUUGGGUGCUGUACAGUGCGUAUUUUGUCAAGUGGUUUGCUCAUCCGAGCUGGAAAUGCAGUUCCACUUAUCAGCCCACGCUAGGAAAUUCAAGUGCCCAGCAUGUUCGGAAUCUUUUCACGUAGAAUUCCUACUCGAUCGCCACAUGCAAACCCAUCACAGCCAGAAGGAAAUUUCUAAUGCAACGGCUUCUGGCGUAGGGUCUAACGCCAACCAGGGACCGAACCUAGAAUACUUACACCUUCAGGGCCAAAUGGCAGCUGCAGCCGCCAGUUGGCAGAACCUGUACGCGGCGAAUAAAUUCUACAAUCCCCUACACGUGGACACGUUGAGUUCGAUGAAGCACUCCAACUUUCUACACGGCUUCUACGACAGUCUCAGCAAAUCACACGCUCAACGCUAUCUGGAUCAGUCCAAGAAGGCAUUCAUCAGCCCCAACAGCUCACCUCAAACGAAAGCUUUGCUCAACUUGUACAAUCAACAGCGCUCAGCCGCGCUCAACGGAAUGUGUUCAACGGAUAAUCUGCUCACUUCCGGUGUAGGAGCGUCGAUUUCGGCCAACGCAACGCCAAACAAUCCAACACCGAAUUCCAGCUCAGCCAAACCAUCUCAGAUGUAUUCGCCGACUACGCUGUUGCAUCGCUACGGACUACCCGCAGCAUCCGGCUCUUCUUCAUCGACAGCAAACAGUGCGUCCCGGGAUUCACUUACGGCUGCCGAGAAACUAGCUGCGGCAGCAGCAGCGGCUGCUGCUGUAGUCAACACCAAAGUAAGCGCCAACUCUCACAACAACAGCAAUACCGGCAACACCAACCACAACAAUAACAACAGCCAGAACGCCAGCAACAAUUUCUACAGUUGUGGGAUUUGCGAACGGAACGAUUUCACUACCGAAAGCGAGGUCCAGACGCAUCGGAAAAUCGUGCACAACCUGAAGACCGGCGUAAGCUUGCGGUGUGCGUACUGUAGUGGCGAUUUCAGAUCCAGAAAUGAGCUGGAAAACCACAUGAAGAUUGCUCACAACACGGGCGGCAAACACAAAUGUUUGAUAUGUGACGAGAUAUUCCCAUCGCCUGCGGUCCUGGCGGAACACAAACUAACCCACUGCAAGGUGGGUGCUUCGGGUCGCUGUUCUCACUGUCCAACCAUUCUGCCGGAUGUACACAGCUUCAAGUCGCACCUGACGCAACAUCAAAGCCCGACCGCCGGAAAUUCGUCCUCGAAUGCCAAUAGCUCUAAUUCGACCGCCUCAGAACAGCAAGAACGAUUCCCGAUCCAGUGCAUCUGCUGUAGGCAAACCUUGAACUCGGAGUUCGAGAUAAGUCUGCACGCCAAAUUCCACACCAAGUCAACGGAAACUAAUGAAAAAACAUGUGCCCUUUGCCUUGAACCUUUGGCUCCUGGGCAGGAUACGAAAAUUUGUGAUCAUUGUCUGAAACGGCACAACUUUCCGUCAAAGUUGUUAUCUAUAAAUAAUUUCAUCAAAGCCUCGACCAACACAUCCCACCCCAGCUCCCUAAAAAAAUCCGAAGACGCUAAUACCCAAUCGCAUCAACAUCAUUCCGAAGGUUACGCCCAGCAGAUCCAACAGAACCAGUCACCUCCCAUGGGAAACACCUAUUCCUCCAAGUGUAACCUCUGCAAGAAAACACUUCCCGAUGGCCACAAACUGCAAGAACACCUUAUUGAUCAUACAUUCGCCGGAUGCGAAGACCGUGGAUACGUUUGCUAUCUAUGCUCUUCGGUUUUCACCUCGUCAGCUGGGCUGCAGAGUCACAUAGCCGAACAUGGUCCGCAGUCGAAACCCUACGACUGUAGCCACUGUAAGGCUGCAUUUUUCUUCCGAGCUGAGCUCGAACACCAUCUCAUCGAUCACGAGCAGGGCAAUGUCUCGGGAGGGUUUUUCAACUCUCAGCUAGACGAACCACCGAUGGAGAUCAAGGCAGAAAUCAUCGAUGCACCGUCAACGAAGGAAAUGACCAGUACUGAGCAGGACCCGUCUCAACCGUCUACCAAAGAAUCACCGGAGGAACGGCUAUUGGCUUCGCCUGAGGUACCAGCUGGGGAUAGUGAAGACAGCAGCGACUCGACCGAAGAUGAUGAAUACAUCGAGGUGGAACAUCACGUCGAUGAACACGACAGAAACAAGCAGAAUUCUGUUGAUAAAUCUAAAGAUUAUUCCUCUAACGAGUGCUCAGAAUAGACGCUAUCUAAAAUAAAAAUAUUCACAUUUAAAUAAUUUCUAAGGAAAACCACAGUAGUGCAUUUAGGUAAAAGGAAAUAAACCUAUAGGGGAGAUGAGGGCAUAACGAGCACCCGAGGCAUAAUGAGAAGUCCAUUUUUCUACAUAAGUACGUAUUUUCUUAAACAAAUUUUCAUGAGGACUUGUUUCGUACUACCCAUAGUAUUAAUUUUUCACCAAAAAAGAAAUAUCCUCCUCAUCUUUACAGAAAUAUUAAAUAAUAACCAGCUAGGUUCUCAAGUGACGAAAAUAUUAUAAUUUUUGAGCACCACCAAAUAAGCUUUUAUGACCUUUAAAUCAUCUCGAUCUGAAAUGUACGCAUUGCAACAUGAUCUACACAUUGUUUCUAAAUUUUCAGCAUCAUAAAAUUUUUGAUUUUCCACUUUAAUCAAUUGUAAAACGCGUUUUUACUUUAAUUUGUUCACUAGAGGCGAACAGAGCACUUUCAAUGAAGGCAUAUUGAGCAUUUUCUGCCGGAGAAUCUAGCAGCGAAUUCAACUCGAUGAAGUCAACUGAAUAAUAGAGCUACAGCUUAACUUGUAUCGUCUGACGAUUUGGCCUAUUGGUUAGAUGUCGGAGAGGCAAUCAGUAGACUCGAGUUCGAUUCCUGUUCGAGGGGAUUUUUUUUUGCACAUACCAUUCAUGAUUGAUUUUUUUUAUUGUUACAUUAUACGGCUAAUAGCAUCAAAGCAUCAUCCGUCAAACAAAACACCAGAAACAUAAUGUAUGAACAUGUGUUAAUUCUUUGAAUUCUACAAACAGACCUAGAUUAUUUUGUUUUUGCUUUGUUUGAUGAAUCUACGCCUCACCGUUUAGUGCAAUCAUGAUCAUAAAUGAUAAAAGAAGAAAAAAAAAUCACCUCCACCAGGAAUCGAACUCGAGCCUACUGAUUAUCUCUCCGACAUCUAACCAAUAGGCCAAAUCGUCAGACGAUACAAGUUGAGCUGUAGCUCUAUUACUCAAUUGACUUCAUCGAGUCGAAUUCGCUGCUAGAUUCCCCGGCAGAAAAUGCUCAUUAUGCCUUCAUUAAUGGUGCUCAUACUGCCUCGGGGGGUUUCUCAUUAUGCCUCUACAGUGACUGGUUUUCAGCUUUCGGCAAAAUUUUUUAAAAUGCAUCUUUAAACGUUUUUAUCUACUUUUUCAAGUUUCAUCCAAUUAGACAAUAGACUAUUUGAGUGUCGGAACACGAAACAAUGAUGUAAUUCACAUAUUACAGCUGUUCUCUAUGGUUAAAUAAGCAUUUUCCUUAAGGUGCCCAUUAUGCCCUCAUCUCCCCUAGUAGUGUAGGGCGGAUUUGUUGUUAAGUUAUUAAUUUAUUUUUGUUUGCGAAUAUCUCUUGAGUCUCCUCAAGGCAAAAUAUUUUUUAUUUAUUUUGCCAGUACUAUUACGUAUUUGUUAAUUUACGAAGCUCGUUCGUUAUCGCUCAUAUCUAGCAUA